GGUCUGGGAUAGGCCCAAUUUGGCAGCACAGCAGCUGCACCCUUGUCCCCUGUUUUACCUCGUUUGAGCCCUUCAUUUUUUAAUUUGCUGAGGAAUGUUGUCAUGGGAGUCUAGGACUUUGGUAUAAAGCUGUAAGAACCAAACCAACAUUGCACUCAACUCAACCCAUUACUUCAAUCAUUCUAAUUGUGCAACGCAUAUGGCUUCUUGCAAACAGCUUCUCUUCCUUUCCUACAUCCUCAUAAACCUUGUUGCUCUCACCAUUGCCCAGCCUGACUUCCUUUUCCACUUUUGCAUAAACAAUGGUAAUUACACUAGCAAUAGCACAUACCAGAGAAAUCUCAACACCCUCCUCUCCUCUCUCUCCUCCAACACCGACAAAUAUGGGUUCUACAGCUCCUCAGUCGGCCAAAACCCCGACAGAGCUAAUGCAAUUGUGCUCUGCAGAGGAGAUGUUGAGCUUCAAGCAUGUCGUAGUUGUAUCAAUGACUCUAUUACUAAGCUCACUCAGGUUUGUUCUAACUACAAGGUGGCAAUUGGUUGGUAUGACAAUUGUAUGCUACGAUACUCAAACGAGUCCAUAAAUGGUACUAGGACAGACAAUCCCAGUUUCUGGAUGUGGAACGCUGAUAACUCGACGAGCACAAGUCAAUACAAUCAGGCCCUGAGGGCCUUGUUGGAAAACCUUCGAAACCGAGCGGCGUCGUCUCGCGGUUUUCGCAAGUUCGAUGCUGGAAACACAACGGGUCCGGAUUUUCAAACUAUAUUUGGACUUGUGCAGUGCACACCUGAUUUGACUGAGCGGGAUUGCACUAAUUGCCUGCUUGGUGCGGCUGGAGAUAUUCCAAAAUGUUGUGAUGGGAAGAAAGGAGGGAGAGUUGUCAGACCAAGCUGUAAUUUACGGUAUGAGGCCUACAGUUUCUUUAAUACCAUUCCAGCUGAUGCACCACCACCAGGAGCACCACCACUCCCAGCCUCACCACCACCACCACCACCAACCUCAAUAGGAGCAGGAAAGAACAACAAUACAACUCUAACAAUCAUCAUUGUCGUUGUUUCAUCUGUUACUUCUAUGAUGAUAUUCAUGGUAUGCAUUUGCAUCUUUUUAAGAAAGAGGAAGCAAAGGAAGUCAAGGCAGAAAGUUGAAACUGUGGAAGAAAUUAGCAUUGUGGAAUCCUUACAAUACAACUUUGAUACCAUCAGCGUUGCAACAGAUAACUUCUCUGAUGCUAAUAAGCUUGGACAAGGUGGAUUUGGUGCUGUUUACAGGGGUAGGCUUCCAAAUGGACAAGAAAUAGCUGUGAAGAGACUCUCUAGGGAUUCUGGACAAGGAGAAUUAGAAUUUAAGAACGAGGUUAUGUUGGUGGCCAAGCUUCAACACAGGAAUUUGGUUAGGCUCUUGGGAUUUUGUUUGGAAGGAACUGAAAGGCUUCUCAUCUAUGAAUAUGUGACGAAUUCGAGCCUCGAUCAUUUCAUAUUUGAUGCCAUCAACCGUGCAUAUUUGGAUUGGGAUAGGCGUUACAAGAUCAUAGGUGGCAUUGCUCGAGGACUUCUUUAUCUUCAUGAAGAUUCACGACUUCGAAUUAUUCAUCGUGAUCUCAAAGCUAGCAAUGUUUUGUUAGAUGCGGAGAUGAAUCCAAAAAUUUCAGAUUUUGGCAUGGCGAGAUUGUUUGUACUUGAUGAAACUCAAGGAAAUACGAGCAGAAUAGUGGGAACCUACGGAUAUAUGGCUCCAGAGUAUGCAAUGCAUGGCCAAUUCUCAGUCAAGUCAGAUGUGUUUAGUUUUGGUGUCUUAAUUUUGGAAAUUGUGAGUGGUCAGAGGAAUAAUUGUUUUCGCAAUGGAGAGAAUGUAGAGGACCUUUUAUGUUUUGCUUGGAAAAGUUGGCAGAAAGGAAUAUCUUCAAAUAUAAUUGAUCCCACAUUAAGGGAUGGUUCGGGUUCGCUGCGAGAAAUGACAAGAUGCAUUCAUAUUGGGCUGCUCUGUGUACAGGAAAACGUGGCUGCAAGACCAACCAUGGCUACAGUUGUUCUCAUGCUUAAUAGCUUCUCUCUCACCCUUUCCCCACCUUCAGAACCAGCAUUUUUUGUGCGUAGUAGCAUCGGCCCAGAGUUACCAUUGCCCCAGGAGUAUAAUUCGUCAACAUCUGAGUCUAGUCAAUCAAAAAGAAAAUCUACCCAUGUAUCAAUCAAUGAAGCUUCAAUUACCGAGUUAUAUCCACGAUAGAUUUUGAGUAUGAAAUUGAAGUGAUGAACAUUUCUAUAUGAUUUUUUGUUUUUGGUUCUUUCUCUUUUGGAAAUCUUUUCCUUUCAUGGAAUAAUGUUUUAAGUUCAUGAUAUCACAUAUUUGUGUUUGAUUUGUUGAUGCUGCCACAAUCUCUGAUUUGGAGUUGAUUUGGGUUAUUAUUUUGGGUCUUCUACAAAUCUGUUUCGAAGACUUUUGUUCAUCUAUUUAGUGGGGUCUUCCUUUUAUUUAUUUGUGAUUAUUUAGAAUUCACCUAAGGGUGGUUUGUGAGACCAUGUGUGUCUCAUUUGUAAUCGUUUGGAAACUUUUUUGUUGAUAGUGGAAUCCGAUUUCGAUCCCGUAAACAUACCUCACAUUGAGGGAACCACGUAAAAA